ACAACAUCCCUCAAACAUGAAGCUCCUGAUUUCCGUGGCGGCGCUGGCGGUCGCCGUGACAGCCGCCCCUCAGGGCUACAGCCUGCCGACGCCCAGCGGGCCUUCGUUCCACGCGGGCAGCUGCAGCGGGGGCCAGGUACGGCAUGUGGACGGCAGAUGCGUCACGCCCAUAGUCAACCGCCGCGUUUUCGUCUACGAUGUGCCGGCCAACCCUCCGUCGUACCGGCCACCUCCUCCGAUCCCCGAGCCCGUCGUGGAAACCAACGUGCUGCUGAUCCGAACCCCCGAAGGCUUCCAGGGCCCGGAACCCAUCGUCGUGCCCCCGCCCAGGCAGCAACACGUGGUGUACGUUCUGAACAAGCAGUCUCAGCAGGACCAGCGGGUGAUCCAGGUGCCGGCGGGUCCGCAGACCAACCCCGACGUGUACUUCGUGAACUACGCAGAAGGAGAGAACCCAACCCUUCCCAGCGGAGUGGAUCUGCAGACCGCCCUCGCCGCGGCCUCUCAGGGUGGCGGUCAGGUCAUCGGCGGAGGUGGCGCCGGAGGUGGAUUCGGAGGUGGCAUUGGUGGCGGAUUCGGUGGUGGAAGUGGAGGUGGAUUCGGGGGUGGAUUCGGCGGUGGGUUCGGGGGUGGAAUCGGCGGCGGUUUCGGAGGUGGCAUUUCCGGAGGUGGAAGCAGUGGAGGCUUCGGAGGUGGAGGUUUUGGCGGCGGCAGCAUUGGUGGAUCCUACAGUCCUCCCAGUGUCUCUCCACCGUCCUCCCAGUACGGCACGCCAUAGGAGUGUCAUUCAUAUCAAGCAACAUUCACUCAUAUCACUAUCUCUUUAUUGCAAUCACGGUCACUCUCCUUACGACACACAUUUUUUCCAGUUAUACAAACUCCUUGGAAUUCCUUUCAUUGCACAUGUAUUUUUUAAUUCCAAACAAGUAACAUUAAAAGUUGUAUUAAAAAAUAUUCUUAUGUUGA